GCCGACUUUCAUUCAUUGACAAAUGUUGACAUGAUUUUGCAAUUUAGCAAUCACUCAUCCUGUCCCUGUCUCUUCCAGAUGUCUGUUUGGUGGCAGGUUCUGUUUCUCCAGUUUUUCCUUACCCUGAGCUGUGUGAACCCAUGUUGUGCAUCCCAUCCAGGCCUACUCAAGUCCUACUCAUACUCCCUCAAAUCCAUCAGAUGCACCCACACUCGGGUACAGCAGCUGCUCAGGAGAUAUAAGGAGGAGCAGUUGGAUAACAAGCAGUUUGAGGACAGAAGUCUGGAGUGGCAGACCCUACCCUCCCUCUCCACAGACUUCUACCACUGGCUUCAGAUGAAGGACUGGGAGCGUCUGAGUGCUGCCUCUCGAGACCUGCACACCUUCUGGGCUCACCUGGACAUGAAGAGAAGGGAGAUAGAGAGGGAGGAGGUUGGACAGGGGGCAGCCCACAGGAUGGGGAGCAGGGGCAAGCCAAAACCCAGCAUACCUGAGAGAAUACAGCACAUUCUGACAGACCUGCGGGAUCUCAUGACAAAAGUCAACUUUCAGUUGAGAUGUGUGAACAGCUCCAAUGUAAUCCCCACAUCCCCCCCUGCCCUGACCCGUGCAGUGAGCACUCCCUCCAGCCACCAGGCCCCAUCAAAGUCCCUGUGGACCAGCCGCCUGGAGGGCUACGUCAUCCUCAGGGACCUGGAGCGCUACCUCACCAAGCUGGCCAGAGACUUCAUCCUCCUGAAGACCAAACACAGAGGUCCUCCAGGUACCUAGCCCAGGGGCAGAUAGACAUGGUAUGCAUGGAUUCAUAUUGAUAAUGCAAACUAGUACUGCACAAGCCUGUGACGGGUUGUGGUUAGAGUGGCUUUUAACUUAUUUUGUGGACUAUGGACAAUGUUGGAUGUGAGAAUUUACAAAUUGUAGUAUUAUGAAUUAUAACACAACAGUAUUUUAUGUAGUCAAUGCACACAGUUUAUUUCAGAAGUAACAAGGCAGCUAAUAACACCAAUAAUAAUGAUAUUAGUAUUAUUCAUUAUGAUGAUAAUAAUCAGCGUUAUUAUAAGUUGAUAAUAAUUAUAUAUUUCAUUCAGUAUUACUAUGACAGAAAUACAGUACUGUGACUCAAUAUUGCCAAGUGAUGUCAAUACCUGCUGUUGUUAUUUCAACUGCAUUAAUGAUAGGGUUCAAUGAAUCAAUAAGGCCCGAGGGGGUGUGGUAUAUGGCCCUAAAUACCAAGGAUAAGGGCUGUUCUUAGGCAUGAUGCAUCCCAGAGUGCCUGGAUACAGCCCUUAGCUGUGGUAUAUUGCCCAUAUACCACAAACCCCAGAGGUGCCUUAUUGCUAUUAUAAACUGGUUACCAACGUAUUUAUAACAGAAAACAAGUAGUUUUGCGUCAUACCCAGGGUAUAUUGUCUGAUAUACUACGGCUUUUCCGCCAAUCAGCAUCCAGGAGCCAAACUACCUGGUUUAUAAUUUCUAGUAUUCCUUAAGAUCAUGAUUUCUCAUUGUUGUGAGAUGCUCGGUUGACUUUGUUAGACUGAAACCAAGUUUACGCAUAGUGUUACUGUAUGUCUUACUCUACUCUGGGUUUCUCCCGGAGUUUCCUUCUUUUCUUUCUCUCUCUCUCGCUGACUCUAACAGCUGAGAGCUGGAAGAGUGUUGAGAAACACUACCCAACAUCCCCUUUCUCAACAGUCCUCACUUCACUUCACUGUACUUUCCAAAGAUGCCUUUUUGCCUAUUUAUUUACUUAUUUAUUACUUAUUUA